AAAAAAACAUUUAUACCUGCUGGAAAGAAAAUCCGCAGAGUCUCCAGGGUCGCCAUUGUGUGGAGCGAGAAACCAGGCUAAAUCAACGGGGAUGGUCCUCGGAAGGGGGGAUGUGAUGGGGAUCCCCGCCUAAGGAGCACAGAAAGGCGGGUUUGGGACACCCGGAGUUGCCGAGGCCUCCAAAGGGGAACCCUCCUUCGUUCUACCUGAAGCUGCGCAGCAAGCGUCCGGGCAACAAUCAGCACGCGAGGGACGAGGCUGCGGAUGCGGCCUAGCCUGGGAGGGUCUGCCGAGCACCGGUGAAACAACAAACGGACACGGUUUGUGGGGGGGGGUCAGCAACUCCAGGGGACCGAGAAGAUCCUAAAUUACACCAUGAUGGAAGAACUGCACAGCCUGGACCCCCGACGGCAGGAGCUGUUGGAGGCUCGCUUUACUGGAGUUGGCGUGGCUAAGGGCUCGGGUCAGAGUCAAAACGAGUCAUCAAAUCAAAGUCUGUGCAGUGUGGGCUCACUUAGUGACAAAGAGCUCGAGACUCCAGAGAAAAAGACUAAUGACCAGAGGGUGAGGAAGCGCAAAGCGGACCACUUUGACAGUAGCCAAGGCAAAGUCGGAGCAAGAGGACAUAAAAUUAGUGAUUAUUUUGAGUUUGCGGGAGGUAGCGGUCCUGGUACUAGCCCUGCCAGGGGAAUUCCACCUGUUGUCCGCUCUUCCCCACAACACUCUCUGUCCAAUCCGCCUGUCAUGGUGCAGCAAGGGAGUCCCUCGUCCGUCGGCUCGGCCAACACAGAGCACUCCUCGUGUUCGUUGAAGCCAGCUGCUCUUCUCUUGCUCCACAAAGCCACGCAGUCUGACCUUACUAUAGAGAAACUAAUAGCGAUGGAGAACAACAAGAACUCUGACCUGGAGAAGAAGGAAGGCCGGAUAGACGAUUUGCUGCGGGCAAACUGUGAUCUCAGGAGACAAAUUGAUGAGCAGCAGAAGAUGCUGGAGCGAUACAAAGAACGGUUAAAUAAAUGCGUGACUAUGUCCAAGAAGCUGCUUAUCGAAAAAUCCAAACAGGAAAAGAUGGCGUGCCGCGAUAAAAGUAUGCAGGACAGGCUUCGACUGGGUCACUUCACCACUGUAAGGCACGGGGCGUCUUUCACUGAGCAGUGGACGGAUGGAUACGCUUUUCAGAACCUUAUCAAACAACAAGAGAGAAUCAACUCUCAGCGAGAGGACAUCGAAAGGCAGAGGAAGCUUCUGGCCAAACGCAAACCGCCUUCUAUGGCCCAGACUCCACCGCCAAGCCUGGAGCAGAACAAACGCAAAAGCAAGACCAACGGAACAGAGAGCGAAGCGUACGUUAACCUCUUCCGUUGUACACCAGCUACCGUUCCCCCUCUUACACGCGUUGCACUGAAAAUGGUUCUGUUUUCUAACAGAUUGUCGCAGGCGGAGUACCACGAGCAGGAGGAAAUCUUUAAACUCAGAUUAGGAUAUCUUAAAAAGGAGGAGGCAGAGAUCCAGGCAGAACUGGAGAGACUGGAGCGAGUCCGAAACCUUCACAUACGCGAGCUGAAAAGGAUCCACAAUGAAGAUAAUUCCCAAUUUAAAGAUCACCCUACGCUAAAUGACCGAUAUCUGCUGCUCCAUUUGCUUGGGCGGGGAGGUUUCAGUGAAGUGUAUAAGGCCUUUGACUUAACGGAGCAACGGUACGUCGCAGUUAAAAUCCACCAGUUAAACAAGAACUGGAGGGAUGAGAAGAAGGAAAAUUAUCACAAGCAUGCGUGCAGAGAAUAUAGAAUCCAUAAAGAGCUCGACCACCCUCGAAUAGUUAAACUCUAUGACUACUUUUCACUUGACACCGACUCGUUCUGCACAGUCCUGGAGUACUGUGAGGGGAAUGACCUGGACUUCUACCUGAAGCAGCACAAACUCAUGUCAGAGAAGGAGGGCCGCUCCAUCAUCAUGCAGAUUGUUAACGCCCUCAAGUACCUCAAUGAGAUCAGGCCGCCCAUUAUCCACUACGACCUUAAACCCGGUAAUAUCCUGCUGGUGAACGGCACUGCCUGUGGGGAGAUAAAGAUCACAGACUUCGGCCUGUCCAAGAUCAUGGACGACGACAGCUACAACUCCGUGGACGGGAUGGAGCUGACCUCUCAGGGAGCAGGGACGUACUGGUACCUACCCCCCGAGUGCUUUGUUGUUGGCAAGGAGCCGCCGAAAAUCUCCAAUAAGGUUGACGUGUGGUCUGUGGGAGUCAUUUUCUACCAGUGUUUGUACGGCCGUAAGCCUUUUGGCCACAACCAGUCCCAGCAGGACAUCCUGCAGGAGAACACCAUCCUGAAGGCCACAGAAGUUCAGUUUCCCCCUAAACCUGUAGUCACACCUGAAGCUAAGGCCUUUAUAAGGCGCUGUCUAGUGUACCGUAAAGAGGACCGCAUCGACGUCCACCAGCUGGCCAGCGACCCCUUCCUAAUGCCCCACAUCCGCAAGUCGGUGGCUUCCUUGGGCACCUCUGGCAUGGCCGUGGCCUCGACGUCCAGCUCCUCCAACAACGGCGCCUCAAACUGAGCUCGCACCUCUGAAAUGACUGACUGAAUCGUUCGAUGUGGUGGGGGGUGGCGCUGUACUCCCCCAUCCUAACAGCGUCCCACCUUGCCAUGAAGAGCUCCAGGGAAACUGGUCAGAUGGCAGCAAGGGGUGGGUGAGAAGUCAUGGAAGGGGUGGGCCUCCCUCCAGCCUUCUGAUGUCCAUCCACCCCAGCCCACCUGUCCUGCUUUCCGUACAGAGCGGCAUCGUUCUAGGGGUCAAAGCCCUGGAAGACUCCGCAGCAGAGGGGGCGAGUUUUGGCGCUGUGCUGGGGGGAGAACAGUGGGCUUAUCCUUUCAGAUUUUUCUUUUCUGGUCAAGAGACAGAAAAUAAAACAAAGUACAGAACUGCUUCAGCACGGACAGACGGAGAAGGACUGCGCAAGGCCUCGUACCCCACGUGCUCUCUCACGCACACGCCCGUGCAUGAGCCGUCCUGGCCCAAAAGUAGUCGGAACCUCCCGAGCUCAAACGAUUUGUUCGCCCUCAUCUCCCUGAAGUUGAAGAAGCAACGCCAGCCUGGGUUCGAGUUUUGAACCUUAAAUGGCUCCAAACCAGUUUAAACUCCAGACCUGCAAACUGAGAAAGCGUCUCCUGGUCCAGCCCAGAUCGUCUGAAACUCCUGUGACCAAAGCUUUCAACUUCCAGCUGGUGGCACUGUUCCACCUCAGAUUUUAUAAAGGAUGGUUGCAGUUGUGAAACUGCUGAGGAUUGACCCCCCCCCCCCCUUUAAUUUUUUUUAAGAGAAAAUGAUCAAUUUUAAAAAGUUCAUGGAGAAAACUUGCCUUUUAAUUGGAAUUGUUUUGGUUGACCCCACCCUCCUGAUUCCAUGAACACAUAUUUAUUUAGGUAUGUUUGAAUUUAUUUUUGGCCAAUAAAAUGC